CAGUCCAGGCCUCUCAGCAGUUCAUUACGUUCCCCUGGUGGUGUUCCCAAUUCUCUUGCUGCAGGGAAUUGUGGGCAACAUUUUGGCCAUCCCUAUAUUGAUCAGCGUGAGCAGAAGUGCCUGGUCAACAGUGAUGUAUUUGGCCUGCCUAGCCGUGACUGAUCUGGUCAUUUUGUUAAUUCGUUGUGGAAGUACCUGGUACAAGGAGGCUGUGGGGGUCGACGUCUCCAGGAGGAUCAUCAGCUCCUCUGAUGCCGCUUGUAAAGCCUACUACUUCUCGUUCGUGUGUGUGCAGCACAUUAAUCCAUGGAUCGUGGUCGCCAUGUCUGUGGAUUUGAUGAUAGCCACCAGAUGGCCCAGACGGACCUACAUCAUGUGCACGCUAGAGAGGGCACGGCACGUCCUACUGCUGAUUGGAAUUCUGGUCGUAUGUUUAGAUAUCAGCCAUUUCUGGACAUAUGGUGUCCCCAAGCCUGGACUAGACUGCAUGUACACAGAAGAGUUCUCUGACUUAUUUAAAAAUCAGAUCUGGCCGGCAAUGGACAACACCUUCGGGACAGUUCUUCCCUUGGCAGCUGUGUCCACUUGUUUUGGCAUUACAGCAAGGACCCUCCUUCGCCGGUCUCCAACCCUGAUCGUGGAAGAGGAAUCUGAAAUGAAGAAAUACUUCCUGGAACUGGCGGCGCUCAAAGACUUCAAGAUGAUCUGCUUUAUUCUCUGCCUAAUAUUUAUCUUUCUAGGCUUGUGCAAGAUCAGUUACAUACUGUUGACCCUUUUGGACUCACUGGCUUACAUCGAGAUCGACUGUGUGACCCGUGAACUUUUCGACACGCUAAACAUGACAUUCACCUUUCUCUUUUACGGCGCUAAGAUUUAUAUUUACAUCGCUUUCAGCUCAAUGUUCCGGGAAAAGUUAAAGUUUGGAUUUUUCAAGACGAUUAGAAAAUUGGAGUUCUUCUGCAAAAAAAUUUGUAGAUGUAGUCGUAAAUGGACUCUUGUGCCUCCUAAAGACAAAAGCCAGGAAACUGGAAGUUUCUCGGGUCAGAAGCGGCAUUCGAGCUACAUUGGUAGUACUUCUACAACUGGAGAUAUAACUUUAUAUCAGAGCAGUGGAACAGAAACCACACCGCAAAUAUUUGAACAUGCUACAGCCAGCUGUUUAGACUCGUGUGAAAACGUUGACAACAGCAGUGUCAAUUAUAGAAACUGGAAUCAAAGUGUUCCUGAGAAUUCGCGAGAUCAGAGAACUUGGGAGGAUGUACAGAUUGCUGGAUCUGGCACGAAUGUCUGA